AUGGUGCGGGUAGGAAACGGGACUUCCGGCAGCGUGGGGGGCUCCCUUAGCGGCAGGAUCGCAGCCGGAACCGCCGCCGCCGCCGCCGCCGUCCUCCCUCCGUCCUCCCUCCUCUCGACCGUCUGGGCUCCGCGGAGCCAGGGGGCAGAAGCUCAGUCCGUGUUGCAACCCACAACAAGAUUGUCACCUUGCUGUCUCCGGAGGGGAUGCGGAGGUCUGUGCUCACUCCUCCUUUUGUGUUUGCACUCAGUUGAAGCAGCAGCCCAAAGCAGUGGUGGCCUCACAGCUGGAAGCCAGCUGGGGGCCCCAGAGACCCGUCUGACCAGGAAGCAGUGGAGGAACCGCCAAACCAACAAGCGCCGGCAGAAGAACAAGUUUCGGGCUGGAGCGGGGAUUGGUUCAGAGGCCAAGGGAGUAGGUCUGGACCAGCCUUGUGUGGGAGCCCCAAGCGAGGAGCCUGCUGGUGAUCAGGGAGAACAGGACCCCUCGGCAUCCAUGGCCACGGAGCUCCCCACCAGUCGGGCCGCCUCCCUACGGCAGCGCCUGGAGGAGCGCCUGGAUUCUGCCCGCUUCCGGUACAUCAACCAGCAGCUCUACACCUGCUCCAGUCAAGAGGCAGCCCAACUUUUUCAGGAGGACCCCGAGGCCUUGGCCGUCUAUCACCGGGGCUUUGCCCGGCAAGUGGCCCGCUGGCCAGAGAAGCCGGUGCAGCACUUUGUGCGCUACCUGCGUAACAGGCCAGCAUCACUGGUGGUAGCAGACUUUGGCUGUGGGGAUUGCACUCUGGCACGCAGCCUACGGAACAAGGUGCAUUGCUUUGACCUGGUUGCUCUGGACCCACAAGUCACCGUAUGUGACAUGGCUCAGGUCCCCUUGGAAGCAGAAUCAGUGGACGUGGCUGUCUUCUGCCUGGCCCUCAUGGGUACCAAUCUGUGUGAGAUCCUGGAGGAGGCCAACCGUGUGCUGCGUGUUGGGGGGACCCUGCUGGUGGCCGAGGUGGCCAGUCGCUUCCCGGACGUGCGAGCCUUCGUGGGGGCGCUGGCCCAGCUGGGCUUCAGGGAGCUGAAGGGUUUCGCCUCGCUGGAGGACCUGCUGCGCGUCAAGGGCGUCACGGCCCGGAUCCUGGAGCUCAACCGCCCGCGGGUCACCGUCUCGCCUCCACCCGAGCAGCCGCCCCUCGUGCCUCCCGUCGCGGCGGCCGUCGCCACAGAGGGAGCGCCCCGGAGGAGCGCCCGUGAGCCGCCGACGCCCGUGGACGAGCGGGAGGCGGCGGCGGCGGAGGAAGAGGAAGAGGAGCGGGCGCCUCGAGGGUCCAGCCCCGGGUUCCCCUCGCGGGGCUCCGCGGACUCGGAGGAGGAUGGCGAGAGCAGCGACGGGGACAGCGAGGAGGCGUCCGGCGGCGACGUCUACUUCUACUACACGGUGGACGAGCGCUGGAUCGACUACCUGGAGCGCACCGAGGGCGGCGGCAGCGGCGGCGGGGGCUUCGUCCGCCACCACACCCGGCCCAAGGUGAGCGCCUCGGCGGCGGAGGUGGGGGGAGGGAGGCGGCCCCUCCCCUCCCCUCCAGGGAGGAUCCCGCUGCAAGGUGCCUGGGCCCGAUCUGGGUUCCUUAGAGAGGUGGACCAAGACAGCUCCCUGGUCAGUGAUGGAGAGCAGCCCGUUUCCACCUCGCUUGCGCCGCUUGGCCAGGAACCCAAUAGAGGAGGAGGAGGAGGAGGAGAGGCCAAACCUGCCUUGUGA